AUGGCGGAAUCGGCGAAGCAACACGUUGAUCAGAUUCGGAGGACUAAGUUUUCAAUCGGCGGUGCUGAGAAUUCUUUGACGGAGGAUCUUCGCCAGGCUGUGAAGAAUCUCUCCGCUAAGGAUGUGCACUUCCUCAUGGAGCUUAUCCAAAACGCUGAGGAUAAUGAGUACCCGGAAGGUGUGGAUCCAUCACUUGAGUGUGUGAUUACAUCUGAGGACAUCACAGCCACUGGAGCUCCGGCCACUCUCCUUAUCUUCAACAAUGAGAGGGGUUUCUCUGAGAAGAACAUUGAGUCCAUUUCCAGUGUUGGUAGGUCCACCAAGAAAGGGAAUCGUACACGCGGCUAUAUCGGAGAAAAAGGGAUUGGUUUCAAGAGUGUGUUCUUGAUCACUUCUCAGCCUUAUAUUUUCAGCAACGGCUAUCAAAUUCGAUUCAAUGAGGCACCUUGCAGCCACUGCAGUCUUGGCUACAUUGUUCCUGAGUGGGUUGAGCAACAGCCAUCUCUGGUCGACAUACAAAGGAUUUAUGGUUUGGGUUAG